GGAACGGCAGCGCCGCGGCCGCGUUUCUGAGGGGAGCGCCCGGGCGCGGCGCUUCCCGGCCCCCGGCAGAAGAUGGCGGCGCCCAGCCCGCUGCUGGCCUGGUGCGUCCAGCACCUGCGCGGCGACUUCGGGCUGGACGUGGGCGAGGAGGUGGUGCGCUACAUCUUGUCAAUAUCAGACGAGGACGAGAUCCGGGAGUAUGUCGUUGACCUCCUCCAGGGGACCGAGGGGAAGAAGAGUCGGUUUGUAGAAGAGCUGCUGUCCCGGUGGCGGAAAUCCUCGCAGCUGCCUUCUGAGCCCUUACCGGCGUAUCGGAAAAAGGAUGAGACUUCAGAAGCACCUCGGGCUGGAGACCAAGCGAAAAAGGGGAAACGCAAAGGCAGGAACAAACAGGAAACACCUGCGUAUGUGGAGCCAAGCGCACCUGUGGAGGAAGUAAAAACUCCCAUCGACCUGGCCAAGGCACAGGAGAACAACGCUGGAGUCAGCAGCAGCAACAAUUCCUGUAAGAAGAAGGCCAAAUAUGUCAGCCUGUAUACCAAGGAAGGGCAAGACAGGCUGGCAGUCCUGAUCCCCGGCCGUCACGCCUGCGAGUGCCUGGGCCAGAAGCACAAGCUCAUCAACAACUGCUUGGUUUGCGGGCGCAUUGUCUGUGAGCAGGAGGGCUCCGGACCCUGCUUGUUUUGUGGCUCGCUGGUAUGCACUAAAGAAGAGCAGGACAUUCUUCAGCGGGACUCAAACAAGAGCCAGAAGCUGCUGAAGAAGCUCAUGGCAGGUGCUGAAAAUUCAGGGAAUUUGGAUGCCAUAAGCAAAGACUUACUGCCUCGGCAAGAAGCUAGAUUCAAAGCAGGCCUGGAGAUGGCUGUGAAACACAAAGACAAGUUGUUGGAGUUUGACAGGACAAGCGUGCGUCGAACCCAGGUCAUUGACGAUGAAUCGGAUUAUUUUGCUACGGACUCCAACCAGUGGCUGUCCAAGCAAGAAAGGGAGGCCCUCCAGAAGAGAGAGCAGGAGCUGCGGGAGCUGCGCCACGCCUCCCGGCUUGCCAGAAAAAUCACCAUCGACUUUGCUGGUAGACAGAUCCUGGAGGAGGACAGCGGGAUGGCUGAAUACCACAGCAAACUGGAUGAAACCAUUGAAGCCAUUAAUAGUGGCACACUGAGCAAGCCAGCUGGGAGCCCAGAAGCAAAGAUGACUCCGAAUUCUGGUGUUUUAGUGAAUCCCCGUCUUCUUCAGCCUGCUCCUUUGUGGGUGGACCAAACUGGUUUGCUCCCACACAGGAAAGCCGUGCGGUCUGUGGAUGCUGGAGAUGAGCUUGGCUCGGAGCGGAACAGGUUGCGGAUUCAGGAUCGAGAGUUACAGGAGAUCUCAGACGAUGGCUGGUGCCUCAGCAUGCACCAGCCUUGGGCGUCCUUGCUCAUAAGAGGAAUCAAAAGGGUGGAGGGCAGGACCUGGUACACAUCUCAUAGAGGGCGGUUAUGGAUUGCAGCCACUGCUAAAAGACCUUCCCCUCAGGAGAUCUCUGAACUGGAGACCACCUACAGAAUGCUGCUCCGGAAAGAUGUGGAAUUUCCAAGCGAUUAUCCCUCGGGGUGCCUCCUAGGCUGCGUGGACAUAACUGAUUGUUUAUCACAAGAGCAGUUUAAUGAGCAGUAUCCGGAUUUGAGCCAGGAGUCUGGGUCUCCAUUUGUCUUUAUCUGCACUAAUCCCCAGGAGAUGGUUGUGAAGUUUCCCAUCAAAGGAAAACCCAAAAUCUAUGUUGUUUCCUUCUAAAUACAUGCCUCUUCCUGCCUCUGCAAGCACUCGGGACUCAGAGAGCGCUCACGUGCUCUGAGGAAACGCAUGUCUGCAGCUGAUCCGCGUCUGGCACGAGCUCUCCAAGCCUGGGUCAGGACGCGAGGCAGAAGCCUCCCUUUAUCCUCAGACGAGGAGGGGGGCGUGACGCUGCUCCGUGCUCAGUGCUGGCUGCUUGCCUUCCUUUCCGAAUCGCCUGUGAGGAGGUGAGAGGCUGAAGCAACGAGGGCUGCGGGGCCAGAUGGAUGCGCUGCCCCAGCCCAGCCGCGGGCCGGCAGGAUUGGGAUGUCCUGGCAGAGCUGGCGGGGAAGCUGCCGCAGCAUCUGUCCGCGCUCUGCUUGCCAGCGUCGUUAGUCCCUUUUAUGAGCCACCAGCCCUCCGCAGGCUGCCAGUUCCUCCUGCCCGCUGCUGUAAAAAGAAUGGAGGAUGGAUGCAGCAGCUGGGGAGUCUGCAGUCAGCUCCAUCCUUAUUAGCAGCUUCCCCACCACACAGCCUGGGGAAGGCACCGUACAUGCUUUCAGGGGAUGUGAAAAAUUAAUUUGACAGGCUAAAAGCAGCAUAAGCAGAAAUAGUCUUGGCUGUUUGUUUAGCAGAGCUGAUGGCUGGGUUUUCUUUCUCAUUUGCAGCGUGGUUCUCAGGGAGUAGUUAUCUGGUGGCGCAGGAGCGGCAGGGUUUCUCAGGACUGGUUAAUAAGGCCUUUUGAAGCACAGUGUGGGUUUUUGUCUUGUUUCUGAGGUGUUUUUUUCCCCUUUCUCCACUCGCAGGAGCACCGUUCUCCCACGGCUUCGCUCUCUCCCCGGGUGCUCGGCGUGUACCUUCCCUGCAGUGGUACCAAGCGGGUGGAAGGGCAAAACAAUUUGGUUUAUUCCCUGGCUUUUGUAGCAACAUCUGGGAGGUGCAUUCAGCCGAUGGCAACAAACAAUGCUCGGUGAUCUGCAGCUGCAGAGCUCAUGUGAGGGCUUGGAUCUUGCCAGCGGCGCUGUCCUCCCCCGGGGACAGGUCUUUUCCAGCGCGCCGGUGAGCAGUCAGGGCUGUGCUGAGUUAUUUGGGAUGGAAAUGUCUGUGCUGCGCUACAACAGCCUCAUCGCUGGAACAGCUGCCGUGUCCUUCGUUUUAUUUUUAUUUAUAUUUUCAGCUUCUCUCCACUCUUUCAGGCUCUGGCCGCUGUGCCCCUUCCCCUUCACAUCUGCCCCUGCGGAGCUGCGGUGGCUGAAGGGGAAGCGGCUGCGUGGCGUGGGGCUGGCUCCCUCCUGCACGUCUGCCUCUCCGGGCACGGGCGCUGCCUGCCCCCCCAUCUGUCACAUCGUCUCCUUUGUGUUGUGACAGUUUCCUGCUUGGAGCAGGAUCAACCUAACAGCCUGGAAGGAAGCCGGCUGCGCUCGCGGCUGCCCGCGUGGCCCGCUCCUGCUGCUGGCCGUGCCUCCCCUGGCCUCCUCCCCACGGGAUCUGUCACGAGAGUGCGGGAGCUGCGGCACAGAGGUCGUGGAGCUGCACGUCCCCCUCCGGGGAGACACAGACAGUGUUUGUGACGGGUGGGGGAAGGAGCAGGGGAGCCUUUGACCUUUCCUGGUGGUGGCACACUGUUUUACAAGGGGCUGGCUUCGCGUGAGAGCCGGUCAAAAGCGGGGCUCUCCGAGCUGGAAGCGGCUGCACCGGCUCACGUCCCCACCUGGGCUCGCUGGCUGCCCCGGUCUCCUUGAAGCCUGGCUCAACCGUGACAAAAUGCCAGUUUGUCUUGUUGGGAAGCCAAGCCCGAGCGGCUUUCCUUGCCAGAUAACAGCAUGGACCUCACCGCAAUGACAUCUGAAUGCUUCUCCAUUGCAAAUUAGUCGUUUCUAGCAGCCUGGGGAAGGCAGAAAGAAACAGAGCUCGACUCGGUGCCAGGGUUAUUGUUUGCAUGGAAGGGAUGGGCACGGCGUUUGUGUCACAUUUGUGACCACGGCUUUCCCCAAACAUGUCCCUGCUUAGUCUCAGCGUGUGGGGACAAAGCUCAGCCGUGGCUCUCGGGGGAGAUUUCCUUCAAUCUGGGCAAAGCUCCCCCUGGAGCAGCGCUCCCAAAGCUGCCUUGAACAGCCGAGGGCUGGAGGAGCGUGGCAGUGGGGCUGGGAGAGGGGACACAGCGCGGCGCUGCCUGCGAGAUGAGAGUCCUUAAAUCACUGAGCGGAAAGAGAAGGGGACCCUGGGGCCGUUGCCUUAUUUUUAGCCUUUUCUUAAAGGUUACCCACGUGACGUUUUAUCUUUGCCAGCUGAUAGAGCAGAGGAGCCUACUGAUCACUUCGGGGACCCGGGAGGAGCAGGCAGGCAUGCUAAGUACGGAGCUAACAGCUCUGGACGUGACAGAGCUUUGGCGCUGGGAGACCAGAGCGGGGAGCGAGCACCAACUCGCCACCUUUCUCCUGCCAAAACCCCACGGUUUGGUGACUCGGAGGGCUGACGUGCAGCAUCCGCACAGCCCUGCUGGGGGCCUGGUCUUUUGCUGUUUAUUUCUGAUGGCAGCAGCAGCACACGGGAGCUUUGCAGACACCCUGCGGUGUCCUGGGAGCUGCCGCACCGAGGUAUUGGCAGCACCUGCUUCCUGCAACCAAUUUCAACCACAGCCAUAGCCUGGUGUAGGCAUUUGCGGAGCGAUGGCGCAGUUAAUUGCAAGUGCUCACUCGUGUUUGUUUUUUUUUUUAUAUAUUUUUUUGCACAUUUAUGGAUUCUGUAUUCAGAGAGGAGCAAGGCUGACCCAUGACUCAAGCUGAAGGAAGGAGGCAGUUUCAGGGAGGCCGGGGUGAGAUCCCAUUAGGACAACCACGAGCAAAGUGGCUUUGUCAUCUGCCUCUCCUGGAAAAAAAGCGCUGUCAGGCCCUUCUGUGAGCUAAAACGAGAAGUUUUCUCAGCGUGAUGAGAAGGCGACGCUCUCUGGAUGAGAGCCCUUGUCUCUGGCCAAGUUUCUGCUUCUCGUGGCACGCUGGCAUUUACCAGCAGGUUUAGGAGCCGCGCCCAAAGGUUUGGAGCCUGGGCCGUCUCAUCCCCGGGAGCUCCCCUGGCUGUGCUGUAGCUGGGCUGGAGCUUCUCCUAAUUCUCCUUGCUUUGGAGAAUUUGGGUCUGGGCAGGGCGAGGGGGACCCUCCCCGCCCGCUCGCUGUGCUGCAUCCCUGCCACGCUGCUUGUCCCCGCUCUCUGCGGGCUUCCUUCGAACGUGUUGACACGCAUCCUGGGGGCGAGCAAAGUGAUCGCUUUCCUCCUGGAUGUUAAUUUGCUCUCCUCCUCGCUGGAGCCCCCCCUGGCUCCCGUGUCGCGCCUGCGGAGGGAAGGCAUGGCGGCUGGAAACGCCGGGCUCCUCAAGCACGAUAAUUAAAUGUGACAGCAACACACUAACUAGGAGACCUCGCUGCCUCCAGCUGAUUUGCAAUGCAAAUAGCAUUUAAAAAUAAAGACUGAUGAGGGUU